CUACAUAAAGAAUAUCAGAAUCAUAUUUAUUUUGCCAAGUAUGUCCAAAAAACACACAAGGGAUUUGUCUGCUGGAGCCGCUCUAGUACGACAACAGACAGUCAAUUGACAGAGAACACUUUUGAAACAUAUAGACAUUGAGAAAAACAGUCACUGAGCAAUAAAGGGUUGCUAAUUAUCUGGUAAUGCCGGUUCAAAUGUAUUUAUUUGUAAUUUUUUUGACAAUUGUGCAAAAAGAUGCAGAGUCCUCUCGCACUUAGAGCAGUUUGAAUGACUAAUAUAGCAAUAGUCCGGUGCAAUGAUCAUUGUGCAAAGGGCGCUGAGACUUCAAGGAGUGUAUGCAGUUUAAAGUGACGAGUAGUUAGAUAAUCUGGGACAAUGCUGAUUGUGCAAAUGUUGCAGAUACUCCUCAGUCAGUGUGGUGCAGAUGCUACUCUGGCAUGAGUGGCCAGUAUUGGUCAACAACAGAUAUACAAAUAGUGCAGCAUGGCGAGACUACUCCAGUGAGUGCACUAGUAUGUAUAAUUGGCCCGACAGAAACGUGACAACAAACUCAAGACAAAAAAAAUUGGCAGCAUGUUGCAAUGGAAUUGUAGGUUAGCUGUUGAAGAAGUUGAUGGCAAGAGGGAAGAAGCUGUUGGAAUGUCUGCUAGUUCUAGUUUGCAUUGAUCUGUAGCCCCUACCUGAGGGAAGAAGCUGGAAGAGCUGGUGACCAGCUACUUGAUAUAUCCUUUUUUUUAAUAUAUAUAUAUAUAUAUAUAUAUAUAUAUACACCUGCGCUAACUCGUCCUUUGCUAUCAAUCUCCUGCUGGUAACACUUGAGUCUUGUGUGCAUCAAAUGCUGAGUUUCCCUAACAGCACAGGAAUAUCCAGUGUAUACAUCACUGAUUUUACUCACAUAGCCUCGUGAGCUGCGGACUCUGAUGUUAAGUCACGGUGGCUAACGCGUGCUAACGUGUCCGCAGGAGGCAGGAGCUCGUCGGCAGUUUGAAACUAUUUCAUUCUCCCGGCCCCCACACAGUCACGCGCGCACACAGAAGCCCCUUCCAUCGCUCCACACUUAACGGGAUUUUCUAACAUGUUGGGAGACAGGAAGUCAUUGUCAGCUUUUUGUGUACUGGCCUUUUAUUUAAAAAAAAAAAAAAACUGGUACUGUGCUGUUUUUGAUGCCAAAAUACCUCGGUCCGGUACUGGUACCAUCACUUGAUGCAACACUAAUUCACAAAUUCACCUAAUCACGUUUUUUUUUUUUUGUGGAACCUAUCAUGAGGUAUUCACUGAAAAACAAAAUGUAGCUAUUUGUGAGAUUGUUGAAGUGAUACAUCACCACUAAGAGAUGUUCUCUGUAUGUCUUGGUGCAGCUAAGUUUAGCCUGUGUUGUUAGUGGAAGUUACGGAGAGUCUUCACCACAUGUGCAUAUAUACACACACUUCUGCUCUUCGCACUAGGGCUCGGUCCCUCAGUUUAUAAUUACUGUAACAUCGAUGCUCAUUUCUCUUAGCUCUUCUAUAGCAUCUUAAAUGAGGUUAGCAUUAACCUAGCUGACUUUUCCAUGUUUAUUUUUUGGUUUUAUUUGUCAGUUUAAAUUUAAACUUCAACUGGGACUAACAAAUAACCAGCCUGAAACAAGAACUGCAUGCAGCUGCUCUUAAAAAUACCAGUACUAAAAAGACGUUAUCAUCUUACUUUUUCUUACAGGAGGUAUUGUAGUACUUUUUUCGUACCAGUACACAGUGGAACCCUAUUUAAGACUUUAUAUUUGUUGUUUUAUAGUUGUGUAGGAGUAGAGGAGGACAAAGCAACAGAGAUUGAUCUCUAUCAUUGCCCCAACUGUCAGCUCACACAUGGACCAUCUGUCAUGCGUAAACGUCGUGGAGGCAGCAAGCAGGGAGAUGGAGCCGCUGUCGGGGUUAGAGACCCUAAUCGUCUGGUGAAGACAGGCAGCCCCCAGUUUGUGAGGGAGCUACGGAGUCGCACCUUUCCCAGUGCAGAUGAAGUGUUGCUGAAGCCGUCGGGGGCCCAGCUAACAGUGGAGUUUCUUGAGGAGCAUUCAUUCAGUGUUCCUGUCAUGGUGCUGAGGCGAGACGGGCUUGGCAUGACUCUGCCGCCAGCAUCGUUCUGUGUCAGCGAUGUAGAACACUACAUUGGGUCGGACAAGGAGAUUGACGUGAUCGACGUGUCUCGACAGUGUGACUUGAAGAUGCGACUCAGUGACUUUGCUGAAUACUACAACAGCCCCAACAGAGACAGAGUGCUAAACGUCAUCAGCCUGGAGUUCUCAGAAACCAGGCUUUCAAACCUGGUGGAGACUCCAAAGAUUGUGCGGAAGCUGUCAUGGGUAGAGAACCUCUGGCCCGAGGAGUCUGUGUUUGAGCGCCCCAAUGUGCAGAAGUACUGCCUAAUGGGAGUGAAGGAUAGUUACACAGACUUUCACAUUGACUUUGGAGGCACCUCAGUUUGGUAUCAUGUUUUACGGGGAGAGAAAAUAUUCUACCUAAUAUCCCCCACGCCAGCCAACCUGGCGCUUUUUGAGCGGUGGAAUUCCUCGUCCAAUCAGAAUGAGAUGUUCUUUGGAGACCAGGUUGACAUGUGUUACAAGUGCUCCGUCAAACAAGGAAACACCUUGUUCAUUCCAACCGGGUGGAUUCAUGCCGUGCUGACUCCAGUGGACUGUCUGGCCUUCGGGGGAAACUUUUUGCAUAGUCUUAAUAUCGACAUGCAGCUUCGGGCAUAUGAAAUAGAGAAACGGUUGAGCACAGCAGACUUGUUUAAGUUUCCCAACUUUGAAACAGUGUGCUGGUAUGUGGGAAAGCACCUUCUUGAUACCUUCAGAGGUUUGAGAGAAAAUCGCAGACACCCAGCUACUUACCUGGUUCAUGGGGCAAAAGCCCUGAAUAAUGCCUUCCGCACCUGGACCCGGAAAGAGGCGCUGGGGAAUCACGAAGUGGAAAUUCCAGAAACCAUCAAUACCCAGACACUUGUGAAGGACCUUGCUAAGGAGAUACGUCUGGUUGAGGACAUUUUCCAGCAAAACAUUGGCCGCACUGGACCUCAAUUUCCUGGCUCACCGCGCUCAAAAACUCCCUUGACCACCUCUCAGAAUUCAGGCCGCCCCCCUGGAAAGAAGAAAGGCCUCAAACCCAAGGAUAUAAUUGGAAGUCUUGGGCCAGCAGGACCCAAAAAGAAAAAUCAAAAAGGUCCCCUUAAGACUGAAGCUGGAGAGUUGGACCUGCUUGAGAUCCAUACCAAGCAUACACUGAAAAAAAUCCAACCUGGCAAGUCCAGAAGCAAGAAAAAGUUGGAGCUGCCUUUGGAAGACUUUGAAGGAAAGUUAAACAAAAGCAAGCUGAAACUUGUGCUGACCAAUGGAAAAAUUCAAGGCAAGAAAGUGGGCAGCAAUGGUGCAGGAGCAGCUGCCAACUACCAGCACCUUGCCAUGGAGGGAUCCAGUCUCUCUGACCUGGAAUCAGAGGAUGAGCUCCAAAUAGAUGAGACCCCGCCUCCACGCCGCAAGCUUGCUGGAUCAAGCAAGAAGAAGAAACUCAGUGGUCUGCCUAGGAAGUUGCCCAGAGCCAAGCCUUGCUCUGACCCAAAUCGCAUCCGGGAGCCAGGCGAGGUAGACUUUGACAUCGAGGAGGAUUACACCACAGAUGAAGAGGCCAUGGCUGCUCAUGGUGUGAAGGGCGGAGCAGGGGGCAUCCUGGAUUUACUGAAGGCCAGCAAACAGGUGGCAGGCUUGGACUCCUCUACACUCAGUGAGGAAGCCCCGGCCUCUCCCAGUACUCGCGAUGCCAUCCAGGGCAUGCUCUCCAUGGCUAACCCGCCUUCCUCCUCCUCUUCCUCCUCUUCCUCUUCUUCCUCCUCCUCAUCCUCCUCAUCAUCACCCUUGUCUGUCUCUGGUGGACUGAGAGAGGGAUUGGGAAUAGUAAAGGGGAAAUACGGCAGAGCUGUGUGGGUGACUGGUGGGGUCAAAAAGACCACAGGAACUGAGAAAAAAGCUGUUAUCCAGCGUCCUGGAAAGCGGGCCAUUAAGCGUCCAGCGCGACAUCUUAGUGACGAGGACAGUCCAGAUGAGCAGGAGACGCUGGGAACCUGUUUUAAAGAUUCCGAAUAUGUGUAUCCAUCGUUGGAGUCUGAUGAGGAGGACCAUGCUAACAAAGCUAAGAUGAAGCGGAAAAAAAAUUGGGAUGACACACCUUGGAGCCCUAAAGCCAGGGUGAUGCCUACUCUUCCGAAACAAGAUCGACCAGCCAGAGACGGAGCGCGAGUCGCAUCAGUGGAAACGGGCCUGGCAGCAGCUGCAGCCAAGCUAGCACAGCAGGAGCAGCAUAAGCCUGCGAAAAGGAAGUACACCAAAAAGGUGCGUCCUCCUGUCCCUGUUAUGAGCCCUCCUCCAGUUCAGACAGAGCAAGCUCCGCCUUCGCCACCACAUGUUCCAGAGUCGGCACCUGACUUCAGCCCACACAGGAGGAUGGAUUACUAUUCCGCCAGUCUACUUGAUCAUGAAUACACAGCAGGGCCGGGACCUUUUGGCCCUGGUGGCCCUAGAGGGGGUGGAGCUAUGGCCCCUGGGGUAUUCCUUACUUCACGCCGACCUUCCUUGUCGCCACAAAACAGCAGCUCACUCUCCGGUGCAUCGCCUUCAGGGUUAGCUUGUCAAGGCAUAGCUGGAGUUGGUCAAGGGAAGCGUCCAAAGAAAGGACUUGCAACAGCAAAACAGAGACUUGGAAAAAUUUUGAAGAUUCACCGCAACGGCAAACUUCUUUUGUGAUGGAAUCUGGAACUAUAUAGCUGAAGACAUGAGUAGGAAUGUUUUGGGAAAUUAUUAUUGGAGGUCUCGAGAUAGUAAUCUAUAUUUUAUACUUAAAAGUGUUUACUAAUGUUUCCAUGUGUUAGUUUGACCAUCUCUUGGCCAACAUUUUCAUUUGGCACUCCACUACUGUCUCUGUAUAACAGUAUCACACACACAUCUCUCACUUAGUGCAUAAAGGCCACAUAAAGUGGACUAUUACAAUUGGGGUUUUCCAAUCACAACUUUAAAAGGGAAAGAAAAUGAUACAUACGUCUUUGUCAGUUAAAAUAUAAUUCCAACAGACACAAUAUUGUAGUCUUAACUUUUUUUAAAACCUAUUUUUACCUCAAAUGAACGGUUUUUAAUAGGACUUCUGAUGCCAUCAGUCUACAGUUUUACAAAAAGAUCAGUGUGAAAUUACUGUUUGCUUGUUAAACAUUUCAUAUAUAGAUUACAAAUUGAGGUAGUUAAGUGAUGCAACAAUUGACCUUGUAAGUUAUAUUUAUUGUGAUUUAAUUUAUUUUAAGAGGCAAUAUUUUGUCAUCUUUACCCUAUUUUCUUAUACUCUUUCCACCUGAAUUUUUGUUUGUCAUCCUUCUUGGUCCCUACUGACUUUUCAACCACAGUAUAAAAAUAGUAACAAUUAUUUUGUUGGAAAUCUUCAUAUUUUUACAUUUGUUUUAAUUGUACAUAUGUAAUAUUUGUGAUGUGUACAUAGUUAGAUUGGAAAAGCAAAGACAAAAAUGGUUUACAGUGGAUAUAGAAAUGUUUUUAAUAAAAAUAAAUUUAACUUGAACUUAUUUCUAGGUAAGUCUAUCAGGAUACGUCUUGCCUACCCUACCCCAUCAUAUGGUAUACAGUAAUCCCCCCUCAGUCGCUGCGGUUAGGUUCCCGAAGCCCCUCGACCCACGCAAUAAGUAAAAAUCCGUGACACACAAAUAUCCUAUUUAAAUACACCCUUGGCAUGUUUUAUAGCAUUUAUAGCACUAGUUUUUAAGUCUUUAAACACUUUUAAAACAAUCCAAACACAUUUAAACAUAUUGAGAGCAAGAGCAAUGGUUAACACAAAAAUGCUGUACAGACAGUGUGUGUGUGUGUGUGUAUAUAAGUAACAACUGUGAUGACAAAAAAAUCAUGUGAUAUUGUGGGACCGUGAUAAGUGAACCACGAUAUAGCGGGCUUUUACUGUGCAGGUCAUGUAUAUCAUUAUUAGCGUUUGAGAUUUUGCUACAGUGAAUAGUCAUUUGGAAGUGUUCAUUAAGCCCAACUUCUCACUGCUAAAAAGAGCAACAAGAAGUAUUCAAGCACCACCAUGCUUCACGCUGGCUUCGGUUGGUCUUUCUUUUUAUAUCCACUGUAAUUCCUGCUAGGCUUCAGCAUUCAUUCCACAGAAUGUACAAGAAAUCGAAUGUCGGCAGAAAUGUUGAUGUACCAAAUGAAAACGUGAAUGAUCACCUUGUGUAAAUAUACAGUAUGUUGUAAUUUUGUUUUUAUAGUUGAGAAACAUUGAAACCUUUCUUAUCGUUGUACAUGAGACGUUGCUGUAUUUUUUAAAUAGUUUUUUUUAUAUAUAUAUUUGUAUGCAUUAAUUGUCGCGUUUAGUCACGUCUUGGCCAUGUAACAUUUGAAGUGUACUGGGGAAAACAAAUUCAUUUUGUUUCCUCAUGGUUUAGUUGAUUAUUAAUCAUCAUAGAUAUUCAGUUUUGUGUUUUUAUGUACUGUUUUAAACGUGUUUCAAUACGACUUGGAAAAGAAAUUAUAACUUUAGAUUUUUUUCAAAUAUGA